ACGGCGACAGACUGUAAACAAAUACCGGCUGAGGCUCCUGGAGUCAGCCGCUGUAGGUUGCGGGCGAGCGGUUGAUGCCCUAGGAGAGGGACGGGCCCCCAGACUAUGGCUCUCCCUCGACCGGCAAGCGAUAUUACUUUCUCCCAAGCAACAGAGAGAGACCAUCUUGCUCAUCCUACAGUAAACACCACAUCCAACCCUCUCCCAGAUGCCAAGACUCUCUAUAAACGUAAGAUCUUUCAGCACCGCAAAACUCCGCCGCUUCAUUUUUCCACGGGUGGCCGUCUCUCCUCAUGGCCUGCGUAUGCCAGUGCACAAGUUAUCUUACAGAACCGCAAACCCUGCUCAACCACCAACAAAACAGGGGCCAGAGACAAGGCCGCACUCAACAUUUCAAAGCCGCGAUACCUGGAACAGCUCGAAAACUACCUGAGGAAAGAGCUGCUUCUUCUGGACAUGAAGAAAGACAACUCUGAGGAGCUCAAGCUCCAGCCUUACAGAGAAAUCUUUGAAUUCUUUAUAGAGGACUUCAAAACUUAUAAGCCCCUGUUGUCUUCCAUAAAGAACGCAUAUGAAGUCACACUAGCUCACUUUAGGGAGAAGAUUCGGUCUCUGGAGCCACUGAAAGCCAUGCUAGUCAAUGUGUCUGAAGACUGCAAUGAAAAAAUCCUGGCUAUCAGGGCAGAGGAGAGAUAUGAAAUCAAAAUGUUGAAGAAAGAGAAAAUUAACUUAUUAAAGCUCAUUGACAAAAAGAACGAAGAGAAGAUCUCUCUGCAAACUCAAGUGACCAAGCUACGGAAAACCUUGGCAGAGGAAUAUCUUCAUUUCCUUAAUGAACGAGAUGCCAGAAGGAUCCUUGUUGCUGAUCUUAAUGAGCUUCGAUAUCAGCGUGAGGACAUGUCUCUUGCCCAGUCUCCAGAUGUGUGGGGAGAAGACCCUGUGAAGUUAACCCUGGCUUUGAAGAUGGCUCGUCAAGACCUCACCAGAACUCAGAAGGAACUCAACACAAUGAAGGCAAAUUUUGGUGAUGUUGUCCCCAGGAGGGAUUUUGAAAUGGAGGAGAAAAAAAACAAGGAAUUAUUUGAAAUGGUAGAGAACUUAAGAAGUGACUUUCAAGACAUACGAAAGGAGUACGACAUGCUGCUACAGGUUCAUAUGACAAUUGUAAGGGAUAGGGAUGAAUUCUCCCGAGAUCUGCAGGAGAUACAACGGACCUCCACUCCCAGGCCCAACUGGUCCAAGUGUGAAGAUGUGGUAUCUGGGGGACAAGAACGCUGGCAGUUUUUGUCUCAAGGGAAAAGCAGUGACCAGCUUGUCAAUGUGCUGCUGGAAGAGAUUGGUUCAGGACUUCUUCGAGAAAGGGAGACCUUCCAAGGCCUGGGCUCCACUGAAGACAUCCCAGAGUUCCUCCGGUCCGGAGGGUUUGUCCGAAACAAAAAGCUAAGUAAAAAGGAGGUGGUGGACAUUAUCCAAGAUGUCUGGAAAGAGCGGAUGGCCGAAGAGCAGAAAGAGAAAACAUCCACCUUGGCCCGGUUUUUCCUCGACUACCUGAAAAAACGCUUUGGGGAUGCCUCUGCCAUGGACUGGUCCUACACAAUUUUUGAAAAUGUCAAACUCUUUCACUCCAGUGAGGUCAUGAAGCAGUUCCAUGAUGUCCUCAUGGGAAAGGUGGACGAAAAUGUGUACCUUGGCCAGAGAGAGCUCGUGUCCUAUCUGCUGAAGGAGUUGACCAACAGCGACAGUCCAAAUGAGGGAAACCUCACCCUAGAUCAGUUCAGCAUGGUGCUCAAGAAUGCCUUCCCUCUCAAGACAGACGAACAGAUUCAGGAGUUGUUGGAAGUGGCUGAGGUCCAGUUAGAGGGCAUCCCCCGUGACGUUCACUACCGAUUUUUGUUUGUUGAGGAUGAAUUGGGUGCUUCAGGGCCCUUCAUUCAUAAACUGUGGGAACAGGCCGAAAAUGAGAAGAAGGCCUAUCUGCUGGACCUAGAGAUAGAACUUGGGCCUAACAGGGCGGCUGAGACAACCCCAGAACGGCUACGCCAUGCCCUGAUUUCCAUUGACCCCUCUCUGGAUGAGCAAACUCUGGAUAACUACCUGAGCCAGGCCUUCCAGACCCCUAUAGCAGAAUUGGAGCCAGAACAGAGCCAGCGACAAGAUGUUCUGCUAACCCACUUACAAGCUGGAGCCAUCAAGCGAAUGGGCCCUCGGGAGCUUGAGCCAGCUUCCUAGACCCUCUCCCAGCCAACCAAAGUAAAAAUCCUACCUUUGACCAUGGAAGGAGGGGCAGAGGGACACAAGUCACUCCACACCACAGCCUUGUUUCCCUUCCCUUCCUCCACCCCAUUACAAAUGCAAAGAUGCCUUAA